CACAAAGAGAGGCAUCAUCUCAACAUCACAGCAUCUGAAGAGGCAGAGCAAGUGUUCAGAAUAGUCUACAAAGGGUGGUUUGUGCUGUUUUGAGGGUUUUGAUUUUUCUACAAAGAGAUAUGACGGCAUACACAAUUACACCAGGAGAUGUGGAGAUGGGUGCUGAGGAGAACACAGUGGUCUUGGUAGAAAAGAAGUCCUCCACUUGGAUAUGGAAGAUGUCCGGGGCCCUCCUUGUCAUGGCCCUUUGUUUAGGAGGCAUCCUCGUCUUUGCAUGGUGCUGGAAUGGAAGGCCUGAAGUAGAGACUCAAUCAGGCCAAACAGAGCCACUAAUCGACACUUCGGAGAAAACAGAUCCCCACUACACACUGAGGAAAAUCAGCAGCAAAGCCAAGGCAGCCAUUCAUUUAGAAGGCAGCUACGAUGAUGGAAAAAAUGUGAAAGCCAAGCUGGAGUGGAGGAACGGUCAAGGACAGGCGUUCGCACAGGGCGGGUUCAAGCUGAAGGAAAACCAGAUCAUCAUCCCGCACACCGGCCUGUACUUCGUCUACAGCCAGGCGUCGUUCAGAGUCUCCUGCAAUGAUGGCGACGAUGAGGACGAGGGCGCGGGAAGACGCCUCAUGCUGCUUAGCCACAGGAUCUUGCGUUUCUCCGACUCCAUUGGCAGUGAGACAUCUCUGAUGAGCGCAGUGAGGUCGGCGUGCCAGUUGGCAGCUCCAGAGGACGGCUACCGGUCUGGGCGAGGCUGGUACAACGCCAUCUAUCUGGGCGCUGUGUUUCAGCUGAACAGAGGCGACCGGCUGUGGACGGAAACCAACCAGCUGACCGAACUGGAGACCGACGAGGGCAAGACUUUCUUCGGUGUGUUCGCACUUUGACGAGGCUAAAGUAGCUGCUCUCCGAAUAGAAGAUGAAAAACUGUGCACAGAGUUACACAUCAAGGCAGAUGUGUGGCUUUGUAUUCCUUAUUAUUAUUCAUCUUCAUGGUGAUGAAAAAAUGUUAAAUCUCAAUUGAGAUAAAGCUCGUAGCCGAACAGGCUUUGCAGAUUUAAACAUAUAAACUGUAACAGUUUGUAACUUCUAUUUUAGGCACUUUUUGUACGUUAUUUAUGUUGACCUGAGAUUGUAGUAGGAUCGACUUUCUUUGCUGUAUCAGAAGACGACACAGCUCUUAACUGGAGAGUUCUAGAGUUCUAAUUCUUCCUCUUUCAUGUACAGAACUAUUAUGGGUAACACUUUAGAUUUUAGUCCUUUGCCAUUAACGGCCCUUCUAAGAUGCUUUUUAACAUUAGUGUGUGUUAAUAAGACAUUUAAAGCAUUUAACUAUGCAAGAUGUGACAAGUAAGGCAUCAAAGAAGUGUUAAAUGUUAAAUGUUCACUAAGUCAGAAUUCAUUCAAAAACGUGUUUCCAUCUCACCAAAAAAUGGCAAAAAAUCCUCUCAAACCUGUUUCUAUAAAGCUUUUCUAAUGGCAUAACACACAAUUUGCAUGAAAAUACAUUACUUAAAACAACUAAUGAUAUAAUAGAUAGGUUUGUUUAAUAAAUGUGUUAAAUACAGUCACAAACUAAUUGACAAACAGAGUUUUCUUAACAUUCUUUAAAAGUCUGUUAACAAAGUCCUUUGAAGUGCUUAUAAAUGUCUUAUAAUGUACCAAUGAAUAUGUCCAUAAUGUUAUUGAGCAUCUUAUAGGACUUAUUACAACACCGUUGUGUAAAUGUUACCUUACUAUCUUUAUUUGUACGACUUUAAUGUAUUUAUUUUGUAUUUAUUUGUAUUUAAAUGUUGGGGAUAUGGUGACAUGGUUAUAUUUAUGUACUUCUUGUGCACAUAAACUUAAUUAAA